AGCAUGCGCGUUCGAAGCAGUGGUAAACGUGAUGACUAGUCUGCUGGCAUUGAUCUACCUUCCCUCUUUCUCUGGAGUCGUCAAAGAGCCGGGCAUAACCAGUCAUCUUCCACGCUGACUGAGCGACGUGCUUGAAACAGAACCGAGACAGAGGAACAGGAGGCAAACCCUGUUCGUGGACAAAAAUGCGAGCGCUGUCCAUGGUGCUGAAUCCGCUGCUGUUUCUACUGCUGUUCGGCUAUUACCCUUCUGUGACAGUCAAGCCUAAGGAAGGCUGGCAGGUGUACAGCUCGGCCCAGGAUGCAGAGGGGAGGUGUAUCUGUACAGUGGUGGCUCCUGAACAGAACCUCUGCUCCAGAGACGCCAAGGAGGGACAGCUCCGUCAGCUACUGGAGAAGGUCCAGAACAUGUCCCAGUCAAUCGAGGUGUUGAACCUGCGGACUCAGAGAGACUUCCAGUACAUCAUGAGGAUGGAAGGCCAGUUCAAAGAGCUAAGGUCAAAGUUCAGACAGAUAGAGACCAACAAGAAGACACAGGUCAACAGAAACUUCCAGGAGUUGAAGGGUAAGAUGGAUGCCCUACAGCCUCUGAUCCCUGUGUUGGAACAGUAUAAGACAGAUGCCCAGCUCAUCUCCCAGUUUAAACAGGAGAUCAGGAAUCUCUCCAUGGUGCUCACAGCCAUCCAGGAGGAGAUAGGAACCUAUGACUAUGAGGAACUACAACAGAGGGUCCUGAAUCUGGAGAGCAGGCUACGCAACUGCAUGAGCAAACUCACAUGUGGUAAACUGAUGAAGAUCACUGGACCUGUGACAGUGAAGACCUCUGGUACACGGUUUGGAGCUUGGAUGACUGAUCCACAGGCCUCCCCUAGAAACAACCGGGUCUGGUACAUGGAUAGCUACACCAACAACAAGAUUGUCAAAGAGUACAAGUCCAUAGCAGACUUUGUUUCCGGGGUCGAGUCUCGAACCUACAACCUGCCGUUCAAGUGGGCCGGGACCGACCACGUGGUGUACAACGGCUCUCUGUACUACAACAAGGUCCAGAGUAACAUCGUGGUGUGUUACCGCUUCGAGACGGGGCGCGUGGUAACCCAGAGAGCCCUGGAGAACGCCGGCUUCCACAACGUCUACCCUUACACCUGGGGAGGCUUCUCCGACAUAGACCUCAUGGCCGACGAGCUGGGUCUGUGGGCCGUCUACGCCACCAAUCAGAACGCAGGAAACAUCGUCAUCAGCCAGCUCAACCCCGACACGCUACAGGUCCUCGGAACCUGGAACACGGAAUAUUCCAAACGGAACGCGGGGGAGUCCUUUAUGAUCUGCGGAACACUCUACAUCACCAACUCUCACCUGACUGGUGCUAAGGUCUACUACGCGUACUCCACCAAGACAUCCAGCUAUGAGUACACAGACAUCCCCUUCCAUAACCAGUUCUUCCACAUGUCCAUGUUGGACUACAACGCCAGGGACCGGGCGCUGUACGGCUGGAACAAUGGACACCAGGUUCUGUUCAAUGUCACGUUGUUCCACAUCAUCAAGACAGAGGACGAUUCCUGAGGAGGAAGAACCUCUGGAACACUGAUUAACAUUCCUGGUGUUCCGGUGUUCCGUCAGUCAUUGUGGGAGUUCUGUUGUUGGGUCUCUAAAUGGUCAUUUUUGCUCUCUUCUUUUGACAAUCCAUCUUCAGAUCUAUUGGCUUCCCUUUCAAAUUUCUAAUGCAAGAAUUACUAAAGAUGUUGGCCUCCGAACUCUGAACUGUCUCCCAAUGUCAUGACAGAGUCAUGAUAUUCUCUGGUAGUCCUACCUAGCAACCCCAAUUUUAAAUCAUCUGGCCCUCUAACGAUGACAUCAUGCCCUGACAGUCUUCCUCAUUUUCCUCUCUUUUGACACAAGCCUUUAUUUUCACUUUAUCCCUUUCCUUUCAGCUACUCUACACUGGACUCUAUGAGAGAUUGGCUGGGCUGGGUAACAUGCCUCUGAUUGGUUGGGCUUGGUAACAUGGCUCUGAUUGGCUGGGCUUGGUAACAUGCCUCUGAUUGGUUGGGCUUGGGUAACAUGCCUCUGAUUGGCUGGGCUUGGGUAACAUGCCUCUGAUUGGUUGGGCUUAGGUAACAUGCCUCUGAUUGUCUGGGCUUGAGUAACAUGCCUCUGAUUGGCUGGGCUUGGGUAACAUGCCUCUGAUUGGCUGGGCUUGGGUAACAUGCCUCUGAUUGGUUGGGCUUAGGUAACAUGCCUCUGAUUGUCUGGGCUUGAGUAACAUGCCUCUGAUUGGCUGGGCUUGGUAACAUGCCUCUGAUUGGCUGGGCUUGGUAACAUGCCUCUGAUUGGCUGGGCUUGGGUAACAUGGCUCUGAUUGGCUGGGCUUGGGUAACAUGCCUCUGAUUGGCUGGGCUUGGGUAACAUGCCUCUGAUUGGCUGGGCUUGGGUAACAUGCCUCUGAUUGGUUGGGCUUGGGUAACAUGCCUCUGAUUGGCUGGGCUUGGGUAACAUGCCUCUGAUUGGCUGGGCUUGUGUAACAUGCCUCUGAUUGGCUGGGCUUGGGUAACAUGCCUCUGAUUGGCUGGGCUUGUGUAACAUGCCUCUGAUUGGCUGGGCUUAGGUAACAUGCCUCUGAUUGGCUGGGCUGGGUAACAUGCCUCUGAUUGGCUGGGCUUGGGUAACAUGCCUCUGAUUGGCUGGGCUUGGUAACAUGGCUCUGAUUGGCUGGGCUUGGUAACAUGCCUCUGAUUGGCUGGGCUUGGGUAACAUGCCUCUGAUUGGCUGGGCUUGGGUAACAUGCCUCUGAUUGGCUGGGCUUGGGUAACAUGCCUCUGAUUGGCUGGGCUUGGGUAACAUGCCUCUGAUUGGUUGGGCUUGGGUAACAUGCCUCUGAUUAGCUGGGCUUGGGUAACAUGCCUCUGAUUGGCUGGGCUUGUGUAACAUGCCUCUGAUUGGCUGGGCUUGGGUAACAUGCCUCUGAUUGGCUGGGCUUGUGUAACAUGCCUCUGAUUGGCUGGGCUUAGGUAACAUGCCUCUGAUUGGCUGGGCUGGGUAACAUGCCUCUGAUUGGCUGGGCUUGGGUAACAUGCCUCUGAUUGGCUGGGCUUGGGUAACAUGGCUCUGAUUGGCUGGGCUUGGGUAACAUGGCUCUGAUUGGCUGGGCUUGGGUAACAUGCCUCUGAUUGGCUGGGCUUGGGUAACAGGCCUCUGAUUGACUGGGCUUGGGUAACAUGCCUCUGAUUGGCUGGGCUUGGGUAACUUGGCUCUGAUUGGCUGGGCUUGGGUAACAUGCCUCUGAUUGGCUGGGCUUGGGUAACAUGCCUCUGAUUGGCUGGGCUUGGGUAACAUGCCUCUGAUUGGCUGGGCUUGGGUAACAUGUGUCUGAUUGGCUGGGCUUGGUAACAUGCCUCUGAUUGUCUGGGCUUGGAUAUCAUGCCUCUGAUUGGCUGGGCUUGGGUAACAUGCCUCUGAUUGGCUGGGCUGGGUAACAUGCCUCUGAUUGGCUGGGCUUGGGUAACAUGUGUCUGAUUGGCUGGGCUGGGUAACAUGCCUCUGAUUGGGUGGGCUUCGGUAACAUGUGUCUGAUUGGCUGGGCUUAGGUAACAUGCCUCUGAUUGUCUGGGCUUGGAUAUCAUGCCUCUGAUUGGCUGGGCUUGGGUAACAUGCGUCUGAUUGGCUGGGCUGGGUAACAUGCCUCUGAUUGGGUGGGCUUCGGUAACAUGCCUCUGAUUGGCUGGGCUUAGGUAACAUGCGUCUGAUUGGCUGGGCUGGGUAACAUGCCUCUGAUUGGGUGGGCUUCGGUAACAUGCCUCUGAUUGGCUGGGCUGGGUAACAUGCCUCUGAUUGGCUGGGCUUGGGUAACAUGCCUCUGAUUGGCUGGGCUUGGUAACAUGGCUCUGAUUGGCUGGGCUUGGUAACAUGCCUCUGAUUGGCUGGGCUUGGGUAACAUGCCUCUGAUUGGCUGGGCUUGGGUAACAUGCCUCUGAUUGGCUGGGCUUGGGUAACAUGCCUCUGAUUGGCUGGGCUUGGGUAACAUGCCUCUGAUUGGUUGGGCUUGGGUAACAUGCCUCUGAUUAGCUGGGCUUGGGUAACAUGCCUCUGAUUGGCUGGGCUUGUGUAACAUGCCUCUGAUUGGCUGGGCUUGGGUAACAUGCCUCUGAUUGGCUGGGCUUGUGUAACAUGCCUCUGAUUGGCUGGGCUUAGGUAACAUGCCUCUGAUUGGCUGGGCUGGGUAACAUGCCUCUGAUUGGCUGGGCUUGGGUAACAUGCCUCUGAUUGGCUGGGCUUGGGUAACAUGGCUCUGAUUGGCUGGGCUUGGGUAACAUGGCUCUGAUUGGCUGGGCUUGGGUAACAUGCCUCUGAUUGGCUGGGCUUGGGUAACAGGCCUCUGAUUGACUGGGCUUGGGUAACAUGCCUCUGAUUGGCUGGGCUUGGGUAACUUGGCUCUGAUUGGCUGGGCUUGGGUAACAUGCCUCUGAUUGGCUGGGCUUGGGUAACAUGCCUCUGAUUGGCUGGGCUUGGGUAACAUGCCUCUGAUUGGCUGGGCUUGGGUAACAUGUGUCUGAUUGGCUGGGCUUGGUAACAUGCCUCUGAUUGUCUGGGCUUGGAUAUCAUGCCUCUGAUUGGCUGGGCUUGGGUAACAUGCCUCUGAUUGGCUGGGCUGGGUAACAUGCCUCUGAUUGGCUGGGCUUGGGUAACAUGUGUCUGAUUGGCUGGGCUGGGUAACAUGCCUCUGAUUGGGUGGGCUUCGGUAACAUGUGUCUGAUUGGCUGGGCUUAGGUAACAUGCCUCUGAUUGUCUGGGCUUGGAUAUCAUGCCUCUGAUUGGCUGGGCUUGGGUAACAUGCGUCUGAUUGGCUGGGCUGGGUAACAUGCCUCUGAUUGGGUGGGCUUCGGUAACAUGCCUCUGAUUGGCUGGGCUUAGGUAACAUGCGUCUGAUUGGCUGGGCUGGGUAACAUGCCUCUGAUUGGGUGGGCUUCGGUAACAUGCCUCUGAUUGGCUGGGCUUGGGUAACAUGCCUCUGAAUGGCUGGGCUUGGGUAACAUGCGUCUGAUUGGCUGGGCUGGGUAACAUGCCUCUGAUUGGGUGGGCUUCGGUAACAUGCGUCUGAUUGGAUGGGCUUAGGUAACAUGCCUUUGAUUGGGUGGGCUUGGGUAACAUGCCUCUGAUUGGGUGGGCUUGGGUAACAUGCCUCUGAUUGGCUGGGCUUGGGUAACAUGCCUCUGAUUGGGUAACUUAGCUUUUGUAUCCAUUGCAACAGUAUCAAUAGGAGUAUGCCUUAUUCAGUGCAGUCUGUUCUGUAAGUCCAUAGGAUAACAGGUGUUCUGUCCUGCAUGAAUGUCAAUGAUAGCAUGUCUAGCUCUCCGUGGCUUGCAUCCCAAAUGGCACCCUAGGUCCCAAAGGGCUCUGGUCAAAAGUAGCACACUAUAUAGGGAGUAGGAUUUCAUUUUGGAUGCAACCUAUGGCUGUCCUGAUAGCAUCGAAACUCUGUCUGUGGACUCUCUCGGCAACCAUCUCUCUUUCCCACUGUAACACAAUUAAUGACUAUUGUCUGAUUAUACUGUAUAUGGAUGAACAGGAAAAAUACACAUUUAUAUACAUAAUUAGUGUUACAAUAUGGAAAUAAAAUGAUUAUUGUUUUUGAUGAA